GUUCGCUGGAUUCUAUAACAACAAAAGACUCCGCCGGGAGCCGAGACGGGCCGACGCAACAGGGAGCCUUGAAGGGACUGAGGGGACCGCCGCCCUGCCAACCUACCUCAGUAGCCGCCGUCCAGCUUCUCCCUGCCCCGACGUUCGCAGGACGGUUUUUGUAGCAACUGUUUACAAACCAUGCCUCUCUGCAUCCAGUGCCUCAGCUGAUAAAGUUUUUAUGCACUUUAAUCUUCUACCUGCACCCUUAAACUUUGGUUGGUACGUUGUGGAGUGGUACCUCAUUUUGUGGACACAAACAAAACAUCUUAGUGAUGUUCCAGAGGCUGAAUAAUAUGUUUGUGGGAGAACUCAGUAAUUUGCCCAGCCAAGAACCAGAGUUCAGUGAGAAAGAAGAAGAAGAAGAGUGGAUUCUAGUAGACUUUAUCGAUUCCUGUUCAAACUUUUCUACUGUUGAUGAAGAAGAGGAGGAGGAAGUGGAUAACAUCUGCAAACAACCUCCUGAUGACCACUCACCCAUCUUCUCUUGUCUGUCUGAUUCCUUGGACUGCUUGGCAGAUGCCAGUGAAUCCUGCUUCAUCCAAUUAGACUCGUGCUCCAUGGAAGAAAGCUGGUUCAUCACUCCCCCUCCAUGUUUUACAGCAGGUGGUUUAACCACUCUCAAAGUAGAAACCAGCCCACUGGAAAAUCUGCUUAUUGAACAUCCCAGCAUGUCUGUAUACGCAAUCCAUAAUACCUGUCACAACCUCAACAAGAACAGUUGUGAUGAAAAGGAAGAACAGGAGGAGGAAGAGGAAGAGGAGGAAGUAGAGUCCCACGAUGAAAGCAAUCAUAGAUCUGAAGCCCAAAGCAAAAUGGGCCAACACGUCCAAUGCUACAUUGCUGCACUUGCUGCUCAUUCAACUUUUCUUGAACAAAGUACCAAGAGUUUUCGUCCUUCCCAGUGGAUAAAAGAGUUCAGCGAAAGACAAUCCUUGAACAGAAACUAUCUCCGUCGCCAAAAUCUCACCAGGGAUCCCUACACACGGCAACUCAAGAGCAGCGGAUUUUUUGUUCACCAGCCUUGCCAGCGUCAGUAUAAUUACUGAGAGUGUUUUGCAUUUUUCUCCCCAGAAAUAAUAUUUGUUAACUAUUGUGAGACAAUGAAGGUGAGAACUGUCUUAGGAUGCUCGUGAGUUGUUUUUACACAAUCACUUGAGUGUUACAAUUCAGUUGAAAACCACUUUGGUUUCAGUGUCACAGAAUGCCUUUUCAAUGUUUUGUUUGUAGCUAGUAAACAUAUAUAGUAUGUGUAGUAAUGUUUGUGUGAUUGUGCCUCUUUGCCUCCUUGUGACAGACUUUAUAAAUUUUAUUAGGUAUGGAUGGGUUUGUUUGUUUUUUAUAUUCGUAUUUACAGCCAAGAUACAAGGCAUCUUUCAGCCUUCUUGUAGUUACAGAAUUUCUCAGGGUCACCCAUACACUUGCAAUGAUCUGUGUAUACUGUAGAUUGUCUUUUAAAAUAGUAACACAACCAUCAAAAUACAGUGGCCUAAAUGGCAUUAUAUUCCUAAUAUGGAAUUGAUUUUCUAUGUAGCAGUAGAAGGAAGAUGAAGAGGAAAAAUGUGUAACCUAAUAUCUUUCUAUAUAGUUUUCAAAAUCUUUGUUUAGUAUGGUUUAUCAGUUUCCUGUGCAACAGAGGUCCUUUGUAGAAUGUAAUAGACCUACAAGUGAAGAAGAGGGCGAACCAGGUUUUGAGUAUGUGUUCCAGUCGUCCUAUUCUUGUAUAAUUAAAUGAUGGGAAUUGUAGACCAAUAUACCUACUAUCCAGUUUGGGAAAGACUAUUUUGAAGAACAGGCGUGCACUUUUCAAAAAAGGCAAUGAUCCUUUGAGGGAAAAUCCAAAAUCUAUUACUUGCUGAUAGUUAAAGACCAU